CAGAUGAUCCCUCCCCGGGGCGGCCACCGCCUCCACCGCUGCGAGCUGGAGCCGCCUCCCGGGCCAGUGGCGUAGCCGAGUCGGCGUCCGGCCGGCGGUGCAGAGAGGACCGGACCCGGCGAGACCGAGCGGGGGGCCAUGGAGAAAGCGGCCCGCGGCGCUGCGCACACCGACUAGAGCCGGCGCCCGCCGCCGGCGCCAUGGACCGAGCGCCGGCCGAGCAGAAUGUCAAACUUUCCGCUGAAGUAGAGCCAUUUAUUCCCCAGAAGAAGAAUCUGGAUGCAUUUGUGCUCCCUAUGGCUCUCCCGAAUGCUAAUGGAAAUGUUUCGGGGGUCGAGCCAACACCAAUUCCCAGUUAUCUGAUUACCUGCUACCCAUUUGUCCAGGAAAACCAGUCCAAUAGACAGUUUCCUUUAUAUAACAAUGAUAUUCGAUGGCAACAACCCAGCCCGAGCCCUACUGGACCCUAUCUUGCCUACCCCAUUAUAUCUGCUCAGCCACCUGUGUCCACAGAGUACACCUAUUACCAGCUGAUGCCAGCACCCUGUGCCCAAGUUAUGGGCUUCUAUCAUCCUUUUCCUACACCGUACUCCAGCACCUUCCAGGCUGCAAACACUGUCAAUGCCAUAACCACAGAAUGCACUGAGCGUCCACAUCAGCAGGGGCAGGCCUUCCCGUUGUCCAGUCAUCGGAGCAGGAAUGGUAACAGAGGGCCUGUAGUGCCAAAACCACAGCUUCUACAUCAACAUAUAAAAAACAAAAGACCCCAGGUGAAGAAUGUGGCUACUCAGAAAGAAACAAGCUCAGCAGGUCCUGAUAGCCGAUCAAAAAUUGUGCUCCUGGUAGAUGCUUCACAGCAAACUGAUUUCCCAUCAGACAUUGCUAAUAAGUCUCUCUCAGAGAGCACAGCAGCCAUGCUCUGGAAAGCCAAAGGCAGGAGGAGAAGAGCGUCCCACCCUGCUGCCGAAUCCUCCAGUGAGCAGGGAGCCAGCGAAGCUGACAUUGACAGUGACAGUGGCUACUGUAGCCCCAAGCACAACAACCAGCCUGCAGCAGGGGCUCUGAGGAAUGCUGACUCUGCAACUAUGAAUGUGUGUAAUGCCUCACCUCCUUUGAUUGGUUUGUUUCAUGCAGAAUCAUCGGGCUGUACAGGUGGUGUAAACUGGCCCAAAGUUACCUGCCAGGCAACACAGAAAAGACCUUGGAUGGAAAAACACCCUGUGUUUUCUAGAGGGGGAAGGCAAACUGAACAAAGAAAUAAUUCACAGGCUGGAUUCAGAUGCCGAGGACACAGUACUUCCUCAGAAAGAAGACAGAAUUUGCAAAAGAGACAAGACACUAAACACUUAAACUCUACUCAGUCUCACAGGAGUGACCUAAAUUCUGAGUCUUUAUAUUUUGAGGAUGAAGAUGGUUUUCAAGAACUAAGUGAGAACGGAAAUUCUAAAGAUGAGAAUAUUCAACAGAAACUUCCUUCAAAAGUAUUGGAUGACUUACCUGAAAACUCACCCAUCAAUAUAGUUCAGACCCCGAUUCCCAUUACCACUUCAGUUCCUAAGCGAGCCAAGAGUCAGAAGAAGAAAGCGUUGGCUGCAGCCCUUGCCACAGCACAAGAAUACUCAGAAAUAAGCAUGGAGCAAAAAAAAUUACAGGAAGCUUUAUCGAAAGCAGCUGGGAAAAAGAGUAAGAGCCCGGUGCAGCUGGACUUGGGAGACAUGCUAGCUGCUCUGGAGAAGCAGCAGCAAGCAAUGAGAGCGCGCCAGGCCACCAACACCAGGCCACUCGCACACCCAGUCGCUGCCGCCGCAGCUGCUUUUCACACUAAAGACUCUGUUAACAGAAAACCUUUAACCAAAAGUCAGCCCUGUUUAACAUCCUGUAAUUCUCUGGACAUUAUUUCCUCUAAAGCAAAGAAAGGAAAAGAGAAGGAAAUUGCAAAGCUAAAACGACCCACAGCACUCAAAAAGGUUAUUUUGAAAGAAAGAGAGGAGAAGAAGGGACGUCUGACUGUGGAACACAGUGUUUUAGGCGCAGAGGAGCCAACAGAGACGCAUUUGGACCUCACCAAUGACUUGCCUCAGGAGACUGUCUCCCAGGAAGAUACUGGACUGAGCAUGCCCAGUGAUGCUUCACUUUCUCCAGCAAGUCAGAACUCUCCAUACUGUAUGACACCUGUGUCGCAAGGCUCUCCUGCUAGUUCUGGCAUAGGCAGCCCAAUGGCAUCGUCAACUAUAACCAAAAUCCACAGCAAAAGAUUUCGAGAAUACUGUAAUCAGGUUCUCUCUAAAGAAAUUGAUGAAUGUGUGACCCUCCUUCUGCAAGAGCUUGUAAGUUUCCAGGAGCGCAUCUAUCAGAAGGACCCUGUGAGAGCCAAGGCCAGGAGGCGGCUGGUCAUGGGGCUGAGGGAGGUCACCAAGCACAUGAAGCUGAACAAGAUCAAGUGUGUCAUCAUUUCCCCCAACUGUGAGAAGAUUCAGUCAAAGGGCGGCCUGGAUGAGGCACUCUACAAUGUCAUAGCCAUGGCCCGGGAACAGGAGAUUCCUUUUGUGUUUGCCCUUGGGAGGAAAGCUCUGGGGCGCUGUGUGAACAAGUUGGUUCCUGUUAGUGUUGUGGGAAUCUUCAAUUACUUCGGUGCUGAGAGCCUAUUUAAUAGAUUAGUGGAGCUCACCGAGGAAGCCAGGAAGGCGUAUAAAGACAUGGUUGCAGCAACAGAACAGGAGCAAGCAGAGGAAGCCUUGAAGAGUGUGAAGACCGUGCCCCACCACAUGGGCCACUCUCGGAACCCCUCUGCAGCAAGUGCCAUUUCUUUCUGCAGUGUUAUUUCUGAACCCAUUUCUGAAGUAAACGAGAAGGAGUAUGAAACUAAUUGGAGAAGCAUGGUGGAGACUUCGGAUGGCUUGGAAACGUCAGAAAACGAGAAAGAGCUUCCCUGUAAGCAGGGCCCUUCUGAGAAGCCCAGUAAACUCACACUAGACACCACCUUUGUGAGUAAGCAGCCGCCGCUGGCUGCAGGCAGCACUACCUCAGCACCAGGCCAGGGGAAACCCGUAAGUGACAAGGAUGACCUGAAGCCGGACGACUUGGAGUGGGCCUCACAGCAGAGCACAGAGACAGGCUCCCUGGAUGGCAGUUGCCGAGAUCUUCUGAAUUCCUCCAUCACCAGCACCACCAGCACUCUUGUACCUGGCAUGCUUGAAGAGGAGGAGGAUGAAGAAGAGGAAGAGGAGGAAGAUUAUACUCAUGAACCCAUAUCAGUAGAAGUGCAGCUCAAUAGUAGAAUUGAGUCCUGGGUCUCAGAGACCCAGAGGACUAUGGAAACCCUUCAGCUCGGCAAGGCCCUUCCUGGCCCUGAGGAAGACAGCGCAGAGCAGAGCGGAGAGGAAUCGGCAGAAGCUCCUGAGGGGCUGGAAUCGGGUGUGGACAGUGAGCACUGCACCCCUGACCAGCAGCUGAAGCCCAGCAACUCCGUGAACAGAGAGCUCUCUGAGGCCAAUUCUGCUCCCCCAAAUCUAUGACUCAGGAAGUGCCAGCUGCCUUCAGCUGUGUCUGGCAGCAGCCACGUCCCUGAUGCUCCAUCUCAGCGUUUUCCACUGUCCAGUCACUUACUGUGUUUUUAAUUCCCAACAGACCUUUUGUAGCUUUUACCUAUUUUGUUAUGAUCUCUAGCUUUGCUUUUAACUAGCAUUUAAGUCUAUUUCUAAGAAUUGUGUAGAAAAUUCAGACUUCUUUCAACUACCUUUGUAAUGAAAAAUAAUGAUUAAUGAAAGAAGACCAAAUUCUAAAGAAAAAGCAAACAAAUAACUAAUGGCUAUUUAAGGUUGUUUUACAAACUGAAGAUUAACAUUAUAAGGACCAGUCUUUGAUUGCAGACUGCAUCUGCUUCAGGGUCAUUUGUGUGUUGGAGUUGUGGAAGCUGCUUUUGAAAAGUGCUGGAGGUAAUAUCAGGGCCUAAAAGGUCGAGGGCAGCAAGGCUGCCCAGCACUGUGCAUUAAAAAAUGGGUACAGAUUUUACUCGGCCCACAAUGUUUAUUUCAGAAGCCACUGGUCAUUGUAACUCACAAAAGUUGGGUUGGGCUAAAACAGCCUGCAGGAGUUAGGCGAGCACUUAGAGCACUUACCACACUAGCCUCGCUUGUAGAAAGGGAUGGAUGUCUGUAAGAGCAAACAGUCACCAUGGUGUGACUUGCCAGGUUCUGUCUAACACUUGCCUCUGACCUCAGGAAUGCUCUUGUACAUAGUAUGUAAAGUUAAGCAAACACUGAUAGGUGACAUGUACAGGUUUGUAUUACCACAGCACUUCCCUGUGGGCCCCAGAAGCAAGGCUGUCCCAUUGUGUCCUACUGCUUGCUUUUGCUUUAGGACCCUUUUGUUUUGAGGUGUGGAUCUGUUUGCAUAUUCAAACAAGUCCACAUUGAAAGUCAUUUCAUCUUUUUUAAAUUGUACCUUCCUCAUGGCAAGAACUACAGUUAUAGGAAGUCAGGGAAAGGACUUUUGCACAGUUUGUGACGUGUUCAGAUAUGGCUUGGAAGAAGAUGUAGGGAAAAAAAGAGGUUAUUCUAAUUGUGCAGAUCCUAAAGAUGAUUAUCAGAUUCAAAUGUAUGCAGAAAUUAAUUUUACUCAUGAUUAUUUAUCUCUACCCUUCUCUAGGAAUGUGUGUGUGUAUGUUUGGGAGAAUCUCAACUUAAUGAGCUGUUUUGUUUGCUGUCCAGCCAUCACCUGGAUUCUGCUGUCUUCAGAAAGGUUUUGUAAGAUAUGGGAAUCAAACAUCACCUGUCUUUGGUCUUCAUCUCCUUCAUGCCCAGCUAUCAGUACAUAGAUGGACACAUGAGCUUUCUCCUUACGAACUCCCAGAAGCAGGCAACAGCCAGGUGCACUUCUCCCCCUGGGAUAGGACUUUGUCUCCCAGAGGCAGAAGAGACAAGUUAGAGAAAGUCUUUGCUGAAAUAAUUGGGACCUACUGUGAAAGUUUUGAGGUUUUAUAAUGCUGGCAUUUAAUACUGGAGAGAUGAGAUUCUUGGCUGAUGGUAUGGUAUUUGUAAAUUGUGAAAGUUUAGGAGCAUUGCUUUAUAUAUAAAUAUAAAAUGUCAGUCAACCUGAUUAGUGUGCUAAAGGGGCAGUUGUAUACCGUCCAGUCUAAACUGUUGUCCAGUGUAGACUUUAGGCACUAAUUAUCUGAUACUUCAGUUAGACGUAAGGAAUGAAGCUGACAUAGUGUGAUUUACAUGGGUGGAUUCUUACUGUCUGCAUUUUUGGAAGCCUUAACUUGUUUAAAGAAAUGAUAGAGGUUUUGAACGACUGACAGUCUUGAAGUGGAUUUGAAAACUUUUCCUAUUCUUCACGAUGUUAUUUCCUGCUUGAUGUCAGUGGUUCAGAUGCUCUUGAUCAUGAGAUAGUGGCUUUUCAAAGAUUUCUUAUAUUUUAUUCUCUUCUGGAUGUGGAUCAUCAUUUUAGAGUUUUGACAUUUGUACCAAAACAGAAGUUGAGGAAAUCUUGAAAACAGCAAUAACUUAACUUUUGCUGUAGUUGUCAGAAGGUCAGUUGGUGGCCUCUGAAAGACAGUGGCUUUCCUGCCACAAAUCCAAGGGACCACAGACUUUAUAUGGGAAACUAGUCACUUCUAGAGGACAACCCAAAAUUUAUCAAAGGAAGUUCUUCCAUGCUGAGUACCCUUAAAUAUGCAUCAGCGAUGUCUUUAUAAUCUGUUUCCUUUGGGUAAAUUUUGGGUGUCCAUUUAUGUUGAGUUCCAGGCUUUAGAGGAGGCAUGAGAAACAGGAAAAGUCUUAUUUUUGGAAAUAGAUAUCAUUCACUCUUUGAGACUUAGAAAUAAAUCUAAUGGUAAGAAUACGAGUUUAUUGGCACAAGAAAUAAAAACUGAUUUUUUUCCCUUAGUGUGUAGAUGUAGUUUACUGGCAAUAAUUAGUGUUAGGUUUUUAUCAGUACAUGAAUUACAGUAUAAAUUCCACUCCCCAGUUUGACUCCCUCUUUGGUGGGCUUAUUUGUUGUGAAGAUUAUUCCUCAAAGACAGAUGUUCAUAAUAACUUAAUUUUUUUGGUUUUAAUUUUUGUAAAUGAUGUAAUAUAAUUUCUUUUGACUAAACAUGGAAAAAUAACAUGUGUUAUACAUUGAAAAUUUUUACAGGCUUUGGCUGGAAUCAUUUUUGAAGAGAUGGUAUUUUAUAUGCUUCCAGUAUUUGGAAAAGAAUUAGUCAAAAGGAAUCCAAAUAAUUUAAAUAUUGACAAAUUAAUAUCCAAAUAACAUACUUGUGUGAUUUUUCUAAUAACCUGGGGAAGUGGGGGUGGGGUGGGGAUUACAAUGUGCAAAUAAAGAGAGCCAUCUUUGCAUUCAUUUUGACUCUUAACACAAAACUGCUAAAUCGUAACACAUUGUUACUUUAAUAUAUAUAUAUAUAUAUAAAGUAUUACUGUUUGUAAAGCUGCUGUUUGCUUAAGAAAUUAUCAUGUAAGUAUUUUCUGUACAUUGUGCCAACAGAUUAGAACAUUAAUUUAAUUCACUGAAAGCUUAUCUUUUUAUUUAAAUUUUUUUCUGUGGAAUAUUUUCUUCGAAAACAUCUUUCCUUCUCCCUUGUCCCUUUCAACCUUUGUACACAUCAUAGAUUCUGCAGAAUCUAAAAACCGAACCCUGGUUAAUGAUAACAUUUAUACUUAGUUGGCACAUCACACCUUAAAAGUAUUUGUAUUGUUUUGUAAUUUAAUUUCUAAAUAUACCACUUCAAUUUAUAAUUUAAUGUCUUAAUUGUAAUGCUCUAAUAAAAACUAGCAAAAUUAGUGGAUUAUACCAAA